AGAAAUAAAUAUUCAUCUUAAAAUAGAAGGCCUGUGUAUUUUAUUGUCGGCUUCCAAAAAUUACUAACUUCUAUCUGUAACUUUAAAAUUGAACUGCCUUGGCUAUCCUGCUGUUCCUAUAGCUGCUUCCAUUAUUGCCUUCUUCAAAGAACACUCAAAACCCAAAGAAUAACAAAAGACAAACACCAUUUUUAGAAGUCUUUCCACAAUGAAACUUAAGCUAGAUGUGCUUACCAUUACUUUGUUCCCUAUCCACUUGUUAAUAUACAUAUACAGUGCCCUUAUAUUUAUUCCAUGGUAUUUUUUUACCAAUGCCAAGAAGAAAAGCACUAUGGCAAAACGAAUAAAAGCUAAACCCACCUCAAACACACCCGGAAGUCCAUAUCGCUCUGUCACCCACUUCGACUCACUAGCAGUGAUCGACAUCCCUGGAGCAGACACCCUGGACAAAUUGUUCGAUCAUGCGGUAGCUAAGUUUGGGAAGAAGGAAUGCCUUGGGACCAGGGAGCUGUUAAGUGAAGAAAAUGAAAUGCAACCAAAUGGAAAAGUGUUUAAAAAGUUAAUCCUAGGAAACUAUAAAUGGAUGAACUAUGUCGAAGUGAACCAGAGAGUGAAUAAUUUUGGCAACGGACUUACUGCAUUAGGCCUGAAACCAAAGAGCACAAUUGCCAUCUUCUGUGAGACCAGGGCAGAAUGGAUGGUUGCAGCACAGACCUGUUUUAAGUAUAACUUUCCUCUUGUAACUCUAUAUGCAACCCUUGGCAAAGAGGCCGUAAUCCACGGGCUGAACGAAUCUGAAGCAUCCUAUCUGAUAACUAGUGGUGAACUUCUAGAAAGUAAGCUUAAGACUGCACUAGUCGACAUCAUCUGUGUUCAGCAUAUCAUCUAUGUGGGCAAUAAAACGAUUGAUAAAUCAGAAUACCCUAAAGGAUUUGAAAUUCACAGCAUGCAUUCUGUGGAAGAAUUGGGAUCCAAGUCUGAAAAUGCAAACAUUCUUCCCAGUAGACCGUCUCCUUCUGACCUGGCUAUCGUCAUGUAUACCAGCGGCUCCACAGGCAGACCUAAAGGAGUGAUGAUGCAUCACAGUAACUUGAUAGCUGGAAUGACAGGCCAGUGUGAGAGAAUUCCUGGACUUGGACCAAAGGACACCUACAUUGGCUACUUGCCUUUGGCUCACGUGUUAGAACUGACAGCAGAAAUAUCGUGCUUUACCUAUGGCUGCAGAAUCGGAUACUCUUCUCCUCUUACGCUGUCAGAUCAGUCCAGCAAAAUUAAAAAAGGAAGCAAAGGUGACUGUAGUGUUCUGAAGCCUACACUUAUGGCAGCUGUACCGGAAAUUAUGGACAGAAUUUAUAAGAAUGUUAUGAGUAAAGUUCAAGAGAUGAACUAUUUUCAGAAAACUCUCUUCAAGAUAGGCUAUGACUAUAAGCUGGAACAGAUAAAAAAAGGAUAUGAUGCCCCUUUGUGCAAUUUUCUGCUGUUUAAAAAAGUAAAAGCCCUAUUAGGUGGGAAUGUCCGUAUGAUGCUUUCUGGAGGAGCACCGCUUUCACCACAGACACACCGAUUUAUGAACGUCUGUUUCUGCUGCCCCAUCGGCCAGGGUUAUGGAUUAACCGAAUCUUGCGGGGCUGGAACAGUUACUGAAGUUACUGACUAUAGCACUGGUCGAGUAGGAGCCCCUCUUAUUUGCUGUGAAAUUAAGCUAAAGGACUGGCAAGAAGGAGGCUAUACCAUCCAUGACAAGCCAAACCCCAGGGGUGAAAUCGUAAUCGGUGGGCAGAAUAUUUCCAUGGGCUAUUUUAAAAAUGAAGAAAAAACGGCUGAAGAUUACACUGUGGAUGAAAAUGGACAAAGAUGGUUUUGUACUGGAGAUAUUGGAGAAUUUCACCCUGAUGGAUGUUUACAGAUCAUAGAUCGCAAGAAAGAUUUGGUGAAACUCCAAGCUGGGGAGUACGUGUCUCUGGGCAAAGUGGAGGCUGCCUUGAAAAACUGCCCACUCAUAGAUAAUAUCUGCGCCUAUGCCAAAAGUGACCAGUCGUAUGUGAUCAGUUUUGUGGUUCCUAAUCAAAAAAGGCUGAUGGCCCUAGCCCUGCAGAAAGGGGUAGAGGGAUCUUGGGUAGACAUCUGCAAUGACCCUACCAUGGAAGCAGAGAUACUUAAGGAGAUUAAAGAAGCUGCAAAUACCAUGAAAUUGGAGCGUUUUGAAAUUCCAAUCAAAGUUCGCUUAAGCCCAGAACCUUGGACUCCUGAAACCGGCUUGGUAACUGAUGCUUUCAAGUUGAAAAGGAAAGAGCUGAGGAACCAUUACCUCAACGACAUCGAGAGAAUGUAUGGAGGCAAAUAAAUGUUGGGCCUUUUCUCAAAAAUAGUUGGGCUAUGCCCUCUGCAAUUUGAAAUUUUGGCGUUUUACUUUUGCCUCUGGCUGUUAGACUACACAUAUAGCUAUUACAAUCUAAAGUUAAUCAAAUCAAAACAAAAAGAAAAACCUGAAAAUUCAAAUGGCUGUUGAGUCUCCUUUAACUUUUCUUUGCAUUGUUCUAAUGAAACCUAGAUGGAAGUCUUUUGCCUCUAGCUACUUUAUUGAAUUUUGAUUCUUGACCCCAUCUGAGUUACAAAGCAAAAAUGUAACUCUGCCUAAGGUUCGUUUCUGGUUCCUUAAACCUAGCUAAAGUCGAAGCAAAAUAAAUAGGGUUGGAGUAGAGGAUAAAAUUUGCACUUUCUAGGUUCAGUUGUCUUCCUAACUUAGAAGCUUCCUCCUUACUUGUCAGGCCUGACAGACAGAUCUAUGAUCUCACUACUCUGUGCAGCACCGCCUGGGGGCUUUGACAUCCUUUUCCAACUGUUUAUAUAUGUUAGGUAGUUAUCGAAAAACAACUCAUGGCUAUAGCAUCACAGACAGAUAUAAACGAAAUACCGUAUUCUUGGAAAGAGUGUAUAAGAUAAAGAAUUAAGGUUACAGACAUGCAUUAGUGAUGGUAUCAUCUAUACAUCAUUAUAAUAUUGUGAAUAUUUACAGUGCCUGAAGUUUAAAUUAAGACAAAAAAUGCUACUGAGUAAUAUAUUUAAAGGGAAACUGGAUUGCUUCUUAUUACUGUUUGCGAUCCGAAUUCCAUAACCACAUUCCCUUGACAUUUACAAAUGGCAGGUGCAUUUUUUUUAAGGUUUCUGGCAAAAUGCCUGCCAAUAUAUAUUUAAGUUGAAAACACAGGAUCAAAAGCAAAAUAGUGGAAGGUUACAUCUCAUAUGAAAGACAAUGGCGUCAACAAAUCCUAAGAGUUGUGACCGAUUCACAACACUUAAGAAGAGCUCAUGUUUGCAAUUUGUUUUCACGACUCUGAAGAAUCAAUUUCAAAAUGUACUUCCAUUAAAACAAAUAUAUUUUUUAGGGUUUUCUUAAAAAGUUUUUUCUGUCACUGGUUUGGAUUCUUAGUAUUUUUUCAUUUUGGAAAGUCUUGCAGUUCACCCUAAUUCUAGUAGAUUACAAACAAAUAUAAUAUUUCCUUAGCAAUCUUGUCUGUGUCCUCUGGGUGAGUAACUUGGUUCCGUUUUUGGAAGUUGGUUUUAAAGGGAAGAAAGCACUGUCAUCCUAUUUUUUCCUUUUUUGUGGAAGAAGUUAGAAACUGGAAAUUCUAGGUGUGGGCGUGGGACCGUUCAAUAAGGGUUCAUCUGUUGUUUGUGCUGUAACUUAUUGUGCAUGUGUUUUUGUUUUUUAAAACCCUUAAAAUUUUUUUUGCUCCCUUUUCCGUGCUGGCUGUGUACACUUGAGCUAUAGUUACUGUUUAAAAAAAAAAAGUGAACAUUCUUAAUACUGUUAUACUUUGCACUUUUUUUUCCUUAAUCAUUUUAUGUUGUGUGCAUGUGUGUGUUGCUUACAUUUCUUUAAAAAAAAAAAUGUUGGCCGCCACUACAAGAUAGUUUUCCUUGCUCUAAAAUAUUUAUAUUAUAAAGAAAAGAGAUUCUUCUAUUCAUAAAUAUUUAAAUGUUAUGUAUAUGAUGGUAAAAAGGAAAAUAAUCUGGAAUGAAGGUUUUUGUAAAGAUUUUAUCUGUUUAGUGUUCAGGGAUGUAAAAUGCUGGGCAAAUUGUUUGUGCAAUGAUAUGUGUAUGUGGAUAGUCUCCCAAAUCCCCAGCUCUUCUUUGAUCUGUAAAAUCAACCAUCAUUAGUUACUAAGUGGACAACUCAGCAACCACGACUAUUCAUGGCCCACUGUUUGGGGACUGGCCUUUAGGGACUCUUUUCUUAGACUUGUUAACUUCAUGAUUUUUCUGUCCAUUUUUAAAGCUACCUUUGGAAAUGUGACUUUGGCUAAAUGUAUGUGAUAUUUUCUCAGAUUUUCAUUUCCCUCAUUCUCAUCUCCCUAAAGCUAGAACACUGCCAACUAAUCUAUUGUGUCGACCUUUUAGAUUGAGUAAAUUAACACUUUAGGUGCUGCUAAUUCUUUAUGAAAAUCCAAAUAUCGUUUAAGGGACCAGGGAGAUGCCACUACGCCCCACUUUUUUUUUUUAUCUAAAUGCAUAUUUGUUUACAUACACAGAAAAGUCUUUUCCAUAUGAAUAGUGGCUUUUCAGAGAUUUGAUCUUUGGAGAUUGACCCCAUGUAUUCAAUACAUGUUUAAAUUGCUUACUGUUGAUUUUUUUUUAUGUCAGCUAUUUCACAAAAGCUGUAAUUAAAAAAAAACCAAACCAAACGCAAUUCCAUAGGCAUGAUUCUAAACUGAACCUUUGUGAUUUUGGCUUUCUACACCUGAAAUAUCUCAUCUUGCCUCAGUUUCUACUGUUUAUUGUCAUGACCUUCACCAUAUGUGGAAGUAUAAUUGCAUAUUUUCCAGAGACUAAAUAUAGUUAAAUGAUUCACAAAGUCAGAGUGUUCGUUUCUUUGAUCACGGAGAUGGGUUAGAAUACUUAGCUAAUAUUGUCUCCAUAGAAUAUGUAUGUGAUGUGUUUCUGAAUUAGAAAAAAUAGGAACAGAGAGAAGAUUGUGUUGUUUUCUUGGUCUAAGGGGAAAUGUUUAAUUUUCAAAUAUGCACCUAUUUGUACUUUCUGUUAAAAUGCAUGAUUGCAAAAUCAUUAUUGGGUGUGGUGUGUUGAUUCCUAAUGGAAAGUUUUGUUGUAUUUUUAAAGUUUGCACUCAGAUCUUAAGAAAUAAAUCCAUCCAUAGAACCAGG